CUGGGGAGGGUUCGCUAGUCGCGCGGCCGCGGCGGCGGAGGCUGGCGAGGCGAGGAAAGGGGCGCGGGGACGAGGUUCGUCCAUUAGUGCCAUGCCCCAUGUCUCCAUGAAGCUGAAGUGAGGGGUCCAGCUGCGGGGCCCAGCCCUGGCCAGGGCAGCAUGACCAAGCCCCGGCUCUUCCGGCUGUGGCUGGUGCUGGGUUCCGUCCUCAUGAUCCUGCUCAUCAUCGUGUACUGGGACAACGUGGGCACCGCCCACUUCUACCUGCAUACAUCCUUGUCCAGGCCGCACACCCUGGAAUCCCUGCCCACUCCCGGACAGCGGGAGGAGAAGGAGUUCGCUUCCGAUGUGGAUGAGUUUUUGGAUAAGCUCCUAAGUUCCGGCUCGAAGAAGAAUGACCUUUCCAGGAAAAAGACGGAGCAGCCCUUGCUGGCCUCUGGCAAGCCAGCGUUGAGCCACAUGGAGGAGAGCGUGCGGGGCUACGACUGGUCCCCCCAUGACGCCCAGCAGAGCGCCGACCAGGGCCAGCAGCAGGCCGAGAGGAGGAGUGUGCUGCGGGACUUCUGCGCCAACUCCAGCCUGGCCUUCCCCACCAAGGAGCGCUCCUUCGACGACAUCCCCAACUACGAGCUGAACCACCUCAUCGUGGACGACCGCCACGGGAUCAUCUACUGCUACGUGCCCAAGGUGGCCUGCACCAACUGGAAGCGCGUGAUGAUCGUGCUGAGCGAGAGCCUGCUGGACGGCGGCGCGCCCUACCGCGACCCGCUGGACAUCCCGCGCGAGCACGUGCACAACUCCAGCACCCACCUGACCUUCAACAAGUUCUGGCGCCGCUACGGCAAGUUCUCCCGCCACCUCAUGAAGAUCAAGCUGAAGAAGUACACCAAGUUCCUGUUCGUGCGCGACCCCUUCGUGCGCCUCAUCUCGGCCUUCCGCAGCAAGUUCGAGCUGGAGAACGACGAGUUCUACCGCAAGUUCGCGGUGCCCAUGCUGAGGCUGUACGCCAACCACACCAGCCUGCCCGCCUCGGUCAGCGAGGCCUUCAGCGCCGGCCUCAAGGUGUCCUUCGCCAACUUCAUCCAGUACCUGCUGGACCCCCACACCGAGAAGCUGGCGCCCUUCAACGAGCACUGGCGGCAGGUGUACCGCCUGUGCCACCCGUGCCAGAUAGACUACGACUUCGUGGGGAAGCUGGAGACCCUGGACGAGGACGCCGCCCAGCUCCUGAGGCUCCUCAAGGUGGACACGCGGCUCCACUUCCCCCCGAGUUACCGGAACAGAACUGCCAGCAGCUGGGAGGAGGACUGGUUUGCCAAGAUCCCCCUGGCCUGGAGGCAGCAGCUCUACAAACUCUACGAGGCCGACUUUGUGCUCUUCGGCUACCCCAAGCCCGAAAACCUGCUCAGAGACUGAGCGUCUGCCUGAACGCGCGCUCCUUCAAACUGAGCAAGGGUCGGGCGUCUCCCGAGGACAGGGCUGUCCCGGGUUUUCCUCCCAGUUUGAUGCAGUCGGAAAUGCCACGCGCUCCCCUGGGGAGACCGCGGGGGAGACCGCGGGGAAUCUGGUCCGCAGCACACACACUCCAGUUUUUUUUAAAUAACCCAUGGUUUUACAAUCUGGACUCAUUGUUUACUCCACAGCCUGUAUUCAUUGAGCACUGUUAAUACUGUUUUGUAAGAUUAAUAUAUUUCAGAUAUUUAAUAUGAAAGUGGGAGGAAGCUGGAGUAAAGCGUGGCUUGAAGUUGGGCUGUUUAAGUCAGGUUUUUGUCACUAUAACAAAAUCUCCAAGGCCAGGUAAUUUCAUAAAUAAAAGAGGUUUGUUGCCUCUCA